AGUGGCUGCGUCCCCCAUCUUCCCUGAUUGGUGUUCUCUUAAGUGACGGCCUCCAUCUGUUUGAUUGAUCUAGGUUUGUUUUUAAUUUAAUUUAAUUUGUUUUUUUCAGUUGAAAGACAGAAGCUGUACUGGGGUAGGGAAUUUGAACACAAUAUCACUUAGCCUACAAGGAAGCUCCUUGUUCAUUGAUUUAGUUUAGUUUUUUGUUUUGGUGGAGUGUUUGUGUGGGUUGAUGAUCUUGUUUUGGUCAUUGCCAGGGUUUAGGGCAUUUUUUUGUGUUGUUUUUUGAAUUGGCAAUUUGUGGCCUUCCUGUGUUCGUUCGUUUAUUGCCUUUCGGCUUUAUAAAGUGGUUAAUCGAGUUAAGCAAAACUAAAGGUUGUUCAUUUCGUAUGAACAUUUGACUUGGCGGCAAUGUCUGCAACAGCAGCAGCUGGAGCAACACCACACCCCUCUUCCUUCCCUCGCUUAUUCUCAAAUUCAAUCAUAAAAUCAAGGCACUCCAUCUCUGUCACCCGUAAUUCAAUAAACCCAAGCUACCCAAAUACCCCCAGUCCCACUUGGACCGCCUCUGAGAUCGCCGAUGCUGUCAAUGGCAGGAUUGUGAAAUGGGGUCCUCCUGGAACCGUUUCUACAGACACCAGAACCCUUCAGCCCAACCAAUGGUUCUUCGCCAUUGCCGGUCUAAACUUCGACGCCCACGAUUUCAUAACCCCGGAAUUAUCCCGUAAUAAAGGCUGUGCCGGAGUUAUCGGCAACCGGGUUUGCGAAAAUUGGGACAAGGGCUUCGUUCAAUUCGAUGGCAAUACUGUAAUUUCAUUGAUGAAGAUGGCAAGUUAUGCGAGGAAUAGGUUCCAUGGAGAAGUGGUGGGAGUGACUGGGAGUGUGGGAAAGACCAGCACAAAAUGCAUGAUAGCUUUGGCUCUUCAAAUUCAAAGUUCAAGAGGUUUGGUUCCUCAUGUUCAUCAAAGUCGUGGGAAUUGGAAUAGUGAAAUUGGGGUGGCUCUGUCGCUAAUUGGGGUUCCUGCAGGAACUGGGAUUGUGGUUUUGGAGAUGGGAAUGAGUGGGAAGGGGGAGAUAUUAGAGCUUGCGAGGAUGGCUCGGCCCACUAUCAGGGUCAUUUUAAAUGUGGGCGCUUCCCAUUUUCAAAAUUUCUCCAGUUUAGAGGAGAUAGGCAUGGCCAAGGGGGAGAUUUUGGCCGAAGCGAAGCCCGGGGAUGUUUGUGUUUUGAAUGCUGAUGAUCCACUUGUUAUGAGCCUCCCUGUACCACUUGGUGUCAAAAAGGUGCUCUUUGGUCAGAGAGUGGGGUGUGAUGUUCGGUUGGUCGCGUCAGAAAGCACGGACGGAGGUCGUGGAGUUAGAGUUGUCUUACAGAAUCAUCAAGAGAUGGUAGAAUUCGUGAUAGCUAGUCCUGGUCUGCAUUUGGCUCUCAAUGCAUGUGCAGCAGCAGCAGUUGCGACCCUUUUGGGAGUCUCUCUUUCUGAAAUAGGAAAUCGCUUGUCAGCAUUUUCUCCUGUUCACAUGAGGUCGGAGCUUGAAGUUGGUAGAAAUGGAAUCAAAAUAGUGAAUGAUGCUUACAAUGCCAAUCCUGUGAGCACCAAGGCCGCCAUUGACUUACUAGAGAGUAUUGAUAUUGAUUGCGGAGGCAAAAGAAUUGUCGUGCUUGGCGACAUGUUAGAACUUGGUGCAAUUGAGUUGGAGUCUCACAAGAUGAUUCUGAAGCGCUGCUGUUGUAGUGCUCAUAUUGAUUUAGUUGGGCUUGUUGGGAGGAGGUUUUGUGCAGCUGCUAAGAAUCUCAACUUGCUUGAAGACAGAAAUAUUGUGUAUGCUCUUGACUCGGAAACUUUUGUACAAGAAAUUGUGAAGAGGGUUAGUUAUAAUGAUGUUGUUUUGGUAAAGGGUAGUCGAGCAAUGCAAAUGGAGAAAGUUGUAAAUGCAAUUAAAGCAAUGGAAUGUUGAUGAUUGAUUGUCCAGUCCAGUCCAGUCCAUACCAAAGGAAUGUUGAUUUGCUCAUUACUGAAAGGCAGGAUGCAAGCACCUAUACAUGGUAAUUAUUUCAUUGUUGCGGCAGGUCAGAUCAGAUCCCUUCAAAAAAUUUCUUAUGUUUCCUAUUUCAAUUUUCAUGGAUGAUUUGGUGACGGAUGUUGUGGUGUCAGCAGGAGGACCUCGUCGUCGAUCGGGGCUUAUAUACUUGUCUAAACUUUAAAAGCUCCAUUCCCUGUACUAGGAAUCCUAAAUUAUUGUUGGAUAUAAUGUAAUUGGCAAACCCUUCAGUCAUUCAAAACAUCAAAGUAGAAA